UCGUCAUUCAUUUAAAAGUUUGCGCGUGUCAGAGACGGCGGUUCAUAAUAAAAUAAAUGAAUUUCGUUAAUUAAACAUAACUGCGUCUCAGUUUUAAACAGUAAACUUGAAUCAGCUCCAGCGUUUACUGGUCAAUGUUGGCUGGAAGUUGCGUUCGUUUUUUGUAAUUUGGACACGUGACGUUUAGGCUAAGUUUUAGUAAACAAGGUAGGAUGUCCGGUGGUAAAGUUUUGGUGAUCGGCGGCGGUGGUCGGGAACAUGCGUUAUGCUGGAAGCUGGCUGACUCCCCGUUUGUGGCUCAAGUGUAUGCGGCGCCCGGCAGCGUCGGCAUCGCCACAACCAGCAAAGUGGAAUGCGUCGAUCUCAACAUUAAAGAUUAUCCCGCCAUAGCAAAAUGGUGCAAAGACAACGAAAUAGACUACGUAGUGAUUGGCCCCGAGGAUCCCCUAGCCAAUGGCAUCGUGGACAACCUCGCUCCCUUCGGCAUCAAGUGCUUCGGCCCCACCAAGGCUGGUGCCAGGAUAGAGGCCGACAAGGACUGGUCCAAGACCUUCAUGAACAAGUACCAGAUCCCUACCGCGAGGCAUAAGUCCUUCACCGAUGCUGUUGCCGCUAAGGAGUUUAUUAAUACUGCUCCCUACCCAGCCUUAGUAGUGAAAGCAUCAGGCCUCGCCGCAGGCAAGGGCGUGGUGGUGGCCGCUACCAAGGAGGAGGCUUGCCAAGCUGUUGACGAGAUCCUUACUGAUGCCAAGUAUGGUUCAGCUGGACAGACUGUCGUUAUUGAAGAGCUGCUCGAGGGUGAUGAGGUUUCGGUGCUGGCCUUCACAGACGGCGAAACGGUCUCCAUGAUGCCCCCAGCUCAAGACCACAAGCGGGUUGGUGACGGCGACACGGGCCCCAACACUGGAGGAAUGGGAGCUUACUGCCCAUGUCCUCUUAUCACCCCAGACCAGCUCCUGGAUGUAAAGGAACAGGUCUUGCAAAGGGCGGUCGAUGGGCUGAAGGCUGAGGGAAUUAAAUAUGUUGGUGUCCUAUACGCCGGUAUGAUGGUGACCAAGUCUGGACCGAUGACUCUGGAGUUCAACUGUCGCUUCGGCGACCCGGAGACACAGGUCCUCAUGACAUUGCUAGAGACAGACUUGUACAAAGUUAUGAAGGCAUGUGUGGAAGGCACUCUGAAGCAGAUCCAAGUGACAUGGAACACCAAGUUGUCCUCUGUCGGUGUUGUCAUCGCUUCCAAAGGAUAUCCUGAGACAUCCACUAAGGGUUGUGUUAUCAGUGGUUUAACCCAAGUGCAGUCAACGCCAGGCAUGGUGGUGUUCCACAGCGGCGUGGCUCGCGGCGCCAACGGCUCGCUGGUGACGUGGGGCGGCCGGGUGCUGCUGCUGUGUGCCCGCGCAGCUUCCCUGCGGGCGGCGGCGGCGGCGGCCACGGCGGGGGCGGCGCUGGUGGACUUCCCCGGAGCACAUUAUAGGAAGGAUAUCGCGCAUCGGGCUUUUACCAAGAUCAACGGCCUAUCAUACCUUCAAAGUGGAGUCGACAUAGACGCGGCAGCUACCCUCGUUCGUGAAAUCGAACCUAUCGCCACCGCCACACAUCGCCGCGGAGUGCUGGGCAGACUCGGCUGCUACAGUGGACUGUUCCAACUGUCCGCCAUGGACCCCAGUCUAAAGGACCCCGUGUUAGUGCAGGGGACUGAUGGCGUUGGGACUAAGUUGAAGAUCGCAGAACUUAUGCACAAAUACGACACGUUAGGCCAGGACCUGGUGGCCAUGUGUGUGAACGACAUCCUGUGUGCUGGAGCUGAGCCCUUCGCGUUCCUGGACUACAUGGCAUGCGGCCGCCUGCAGGUGGACGUCGCCACCACCAUCGUCAGGGGGAUCGCUGACGCUUGCAUCAUGUCUGGCUGUGCACUGUUGGGUGGUGAAACAGCAGAAAUGCCUUCAAUGUACGAGAUCGGCAAAUACGACCUCGCGGGCUUCGCAGUCGGAGUCGUGGACAAUUUGAAGCAGCUGCCUCGUUCUAAGGAGAUCAGGGCUGGAGACAUAGUGCUGGCACUGCCGUCUACUGGCGUACAUAGCAACGGUUACAGUUUGGUGCAGAAGAUCAUGUUGGAGACUGGUCACAGAUACCAGGACCCAGCAGCCUUCAGCACCACAAACAAGAGCUACGGAGAAGAAUUCCUCGCCCCCACCGGUAUCUACGUCCAUGCCUUACUCCCGGCCAUCAAGAAGCAGUUAAUCAAAGGCCUAGCCCAUAUCACUGGCGGUGGUCUACUGGAGAACAUUCCUAGAAUACUGCCACCGGGGAUAAGAGUUAGAAUGGAUGCUACUAAGUUCAAUAUUAAGCCGGUGUUCGGAUGGUUGCAGGCUAAGGGUGUAGUAUCAGACUUCGAGAUGCUCCGUACCUUCAACUGCGGUGUGGGCAUGGUGGUGAUCGUAGACCCCGUCUGUGUGAAGGAACUGCUGGAGCUGGUCGAUGGAGAGAUUGCUAUUGUGGGUGCUGUGGAGCAGAUUGGGAAGGAAGGAGGUCACCAAGUGGUAGUAGAAAACUUCAAAGAAGCGAUGCAUCCCCUAACAUCGCCCUACGUGACCGGAGACCGGACUUCCCCUCAGAAGUCGCUGUCUUACAAAGACAGUGGCGUGGAUAUUGAAGCCGGCGACUCUCUCGUGUCAUUAAUCAAGCCUUUGGCUAGGUCUACAUCACGUUCAGGAGUGCUCGGUGGUCUUGGCGGUUUCGGUGGCUGCUUCCAACUCAAAGCUGUUGAACAGGAAUACAAGGACCCGGUGCUAGUCCUAGCCGCCGACGGAGUAGGCACAAAAUUGAAAAUAGCUCAAAAGAUCAACCAGCACGGCACAAUAGGCAUAGACCUGGUGGCCAUGUGCGUGAACGACAUCCUGUGCAACGGCGCGGCUCCGCUGACGUUCCUGGACUACUUCGCGUGCGGCUCGCUGGACGUCAACGUGGCCAGGAACGUGGUGUCCGGCGUCGCUGAGGGGUGUAGGCAGAGUUCUGCUGCUUUGAUUGGUGGUGAGACGGCAGAGAUGCCGGGUAUGUACGAGCCGGGCGUGUACGACAUCGCGGGCUUCGCGCUCGGUGUUGUCGAACGAUCACAUAUACUGCCCAAGAUCAAUGAUAUCGCGGUUGGCGACAUAAUCAUCGGUCUACCUUCCAACGGCGUCCACAGCAACGGCUUCAGCCUCAUACACAAGCUGAUGAAGAAGACAGGCCUAACGCUCAAAGACAGAGCACCUUUUAGCAAAGAGGGACUGACUCUUGGCGAAGAACUAAUAAAACCGACUCGCAUCUACGUGAAGUCCGUGUUACCAGCACUUCGCAGCGGUCGGGUGAAAGCAGUGGCCCACAUUACCGGUGGCGGCCUGUUGGAGAACAUCCCAAGAGUUAUACCUGAUGCUGUGAGAGCCAGGCUUAAUGCUCACUGGUGGCAUGUACACCCUGUGUUCUCAUGGAUUGCGGACGCUGGUUCAGUACAAGACGAGGAGAUGUUGAGAACAUUCAACUGCGGUAUCGGCAUGGUGCUCGUUGUGUCACCUGAAGAUCAGGCUGAGGUGAUGAACACGACCCGCGCGUUCGGCGCGAUGGUGAUCGGCAGCAUACAGAAGCGGCCCGUCGCCGGACAGCGCGUCGUCGUCGACAACUUCGCCUCCGCCAUGGACUUCACCAGGCGGAUGCCGCUGCUGCCCAAGAAGAAGGUGGCAGUACUAGUAUCAGGCAACGGCAGCAACCUACAAGCCCUAUUAGACACAACCCGGGAGGCAGCGCAGUGUAUGUGUGCGGACAUCAACCUCGUCAUCUCCAACAAGAAGGAUGCUUAUGCCUUACAACGAGCUCAGAAGGCUGGAGUACCUUCCCUGGUAUUCAAUCACAAAGACUACGCGUCACGGGAAGACUUUGACCGCGCGGUUUCCGAAGCACUAGAGGCACAUAAAAUCGACAUCGUCUGUCUUGCCGGAUACAUGAGAAUCCUGUCAGCUGAGUUUGUUAAAAAAUGGCACGGUCGCCUGCUGAACAUCCACCCGUCGCUGCUGCCGCGUCACCCCGGCCUCAACGCGCAGAAGCAGUGUCUUGACGCAGGGGACAAGGAGAGCGGCUGUACAGUGCAUUUUGUUGAUGAGGGCAUGGACACAGGUGCAAUAAUUCUCCAAGAACGAGUCCCAGUUCUCCAAAAGGAUACCGUAGAAACUCUAACCGACCGCAUCCACGAGGCGGAACACCGCGCAUACCCGCGGGCGCUGCGCCUCGUCACCACCGGCCGCGUCCGGCUCAACCAGCAUGGUACACUUAUGUGGUACUCUUAGGAACUGGAUCUUGGAAGAUACAUAGCCAAAACACCCACAAAAAGCAAUGAAAAUGUUAACUACACCGUUAAAAGAUGUCCGCUUAGGCACGUCAACAAGUCGAAUAUAACAAUACAUUUUCUUAUUAUACUUGAAAUUACAAUAGAAAUAUACGUGAAUUACAAUAACAAAAUUAAGUACACUAUUAAAAGAUGAUUUCUGAGUAAUGGUAUAAACAAUAUAGCUCAAUAUGAAAUCUUUUCCAUAUUCUAGCUUGAAUCAUAAUUUACCUCGCCAGUGCUUUUAUGUAUCAAAAAUUCAACUCACCUAUUUUUUACAUAUAAUAUUCCUCGGAUGUCAGUAAAAGUAUGAAAUAUGGCAAUACUGUCAGUUCUAAAGAAUGAAAGUGUUGCCAUAUUUUGAAGCUUGAAUGUGCUACUUUGCUUCCAUCAAAACUAUUAUGAAAGUUUAGUAUAAGAAACCUAGGUAUCUAUGCAAUAACUCGAAUACUAUAAAACUAUAGACUUGAACUUUUAAUCUCAAUAUUAUGGGACCAAAUUAUAUGUUGUAUGUAAUAUCUAUAUACACAUGUUAUACAUUCCUAUUGUUUAGGAAUUUCAUUGAAUUUUUAUUAUUAAAAAAAUAUUUACUUCAAAAAUAUUCAUUUGUUUAAAAAAAGGUUGUUAUGAAAAGAUUAAUAUAGUCUAAAAACUCGAAUUUGAUACUAAUUUGUAUAUAAGUAUAAAGUUAUCACAUUAGAUAAGAAUAUUAUAUUGCCCUGUUAGGCACAGUUUUGAUUGAACAAAUUUUAUAAAAAAUAUGCUAAAUUGCUCAAAAACACCUAGGUGUGUAAUAAAGAAAAUUUAAAAGUUUACUGUUAAAAAACAACAAGUUUUUUUUUAUGAGAAUUGUUAAGAUAAACUAUAGAUUGUUAUUUCAAAGGCAGUACUAAUAAGAAUAAAUCAAAAUGCAUGUUUAUAAAUGCCAUUUUAAAUAUAAGUAUGUUAAGUUUUACAGUGUGUUUGAAAUAAAACUUUUUUGUAUAUA